AUGGAUGAGAUCGAGACGCAACCUCGCCAUAGCCACAUUGCCAUCCGCAUUGUCCUCGACUUGACGAACGAUGGCGCGUGCUCUAUGGCUGUUUCCUUGUGCUCGGAGUUGGUGUCCGAGCUUGGAGAGCGGAAUCCCGCCCUUUUCUACAAGCUUGUGUCUCAGAUCACCAUGCUCAUUCUCGAGGCUCCACCAUAUGAGCUCGCGCAUUUUGAGUCCAAGAGCGUCGUCCAUGUUGAUCAAGCUAUAUUGUUCAUGAUCUCUUCGAGGGUAUUGACCGCCGUGAAGACGGAGCUGAGGCUCGUCUGUUCCAAGCCGCCAAAGUUUGAACCGCUCCCCAUUGAUAAUAGGGUCAUGUGGGCUGAGCAAAGCCACCGGUUCUGUCUGGUUGGAGCCAACCGCUGA